GGCCGCUACCCAGAGUGCAGCAGGCAGGCGGGAGGAGGAGGCGCUGCAGCGGCUGGGCUCGGGCUGCUCGUGCUCCGCGGCCUCUCGGCGCAGCUGGUCCCGGGCGCAGGCGGCGGCGCGGCCCAGAAUGCGAGUGUGAGAUGCUUCCCCCGGCAGCGGCUCCCCGGGCCCAGGCGGCGGCGGCCCCCGCGUGGAUGCGGCUCCGGAGCCGGCGCUUCACGCUGCACAAACAUUUCUAUAGGACUCAUUCGCCCUGCUGAGGAGAGCGGCCCGGCCCCAGCCCCGGCCCCGGCCCCCGCCCGGGCCAUGCAGGCCCCCGGCACAGCCCCGCCGCUUAGCGCCGCGCAGGUGGGCCGCCUGCGGGAGGAGCAGGGAAAGGUGGUCACUAGCUGCCAAGAAAAAAUCCAGCACUGGAGGAAGGUGGAGAAUGAUUAUGAGGCUCUUCAAGAACGUCUCAAUACGUUGCCUGAUAAACUGUCUUAUGAUAUCAUGGUACCUUUUGGUCCCCUUGCCUUCAUGCCAGGAAAACUUGUCCAUACCAAUGAGGUCACUGUUCUGCUUGGGGACAACUGGUUUUCCAAAUGCUCAGCUAAGCAGGCCAUUGGCCUGGUUGAGCACAGGAAAAAACACGUAAGGAAAGCAUUGGAUGAUUUGCAAAAAGUCAUGAAGAAUUUUGAAUCCAGAAUUGAAUUCACAGAAGAUUUGCAGAAGAUGAGUGAUGCAGCAGGUGAUAUUGUUGAUAUAAGAGAAGAAGCUGAAAAUGAUGGCACUGAAACAAAAGGAAAACGUAGAACUGCUCACAAGCCUCAUUCAAAGCCAAAGGUGUCAGAUGUUUUUGAGGUACGUUUUCAAGAAAAUGGGAUGGAUACAAAGUCCAAGGGCUGUUCCCAAUCUGAGGAGGAACUGUGGGCCCGAUUGGAAGAACUUGAGAGACGAGAAGAGAUGCUGGGUGAAUUUGACAGGACACCUGAUACAAUUGAGGCAAAUGGAGAAGAUACAACUUCCUCUGAAGAGGAGAAAGAAGAUAAGACAGAUCUGAAUGUGGUACACAGAGUGGAAGACUCUACUACUCAGGACAAUGUACAGAAAGAAGUAACAACUUCAGAAUUGUUCAGUGGCCAAGUUAAUGGCCCAAGUCAUUAUCACAGUGAUGAUGAAGACGAUUUAGGAGUUGAUCAUUUUGUACCAACUAUAUUUUUCUCUCAUACUGUUGAACCUAAAAGGGUAAGAAUAAACACAGGAAAAAAUACUACUUUGAAAUUUAGUGAAAAGAAAGAGGAGGCCAAACGUAAAAGGAAGAAUAGCAAUGGCAAUGGACACUUGGUUCCAGAACUGCCUAACAUAAAAACACCAGCAGACAUUUACCGCUUUCAAUUCCAGUCUCUCUUCCCCAUCUGCUCACAGACACACACCGUAUCUGUUUACUCCCUAUCCAUUCAUUCCUCCCCCUCCUUCAAAGGGCAAGAAAAAUUGACCAGCCCUCCGAUAGCUAAAGGAGUGCAUAAAGGACAAAAAGUCUUUGUUGAUGUUGUGAAUGGAGAAUAUGUCCCUCGUAAAUCAAUUUUGAAGUCUCGAAGCAGAGAGAAUAGUGUUUGUAGUGAUACCAGUGAGAGCAGUGCUGCUGAGUUUGAUGACAGACGAGGAGUUCUGAGGAGUAUUAGCUAUGAUGAAGCUACUUACAGUGACAACAGUGAAGGGAUCUUGGAGGAGGAAGAGGAGGAGGGGCAGGAGCAUCUUCCAAAAAAACUUUCAACCUUAUCAGGGACAUUUGAGGCUUUUUCUGGAACCGUUAUAGAAAAAGAGCCUUUGUCUCCCUUAAUACCACACCCAAGCAUUGCUCACCCUGUCCUGCCUACCAUUCCAGAGCGAAAAUCAGAGGAAGUUCUGUCUGAGGCAUCAGAAGAAACUACAAAGAGGAUUUCAAAAUUCAAAGCUGCCAGAAUGCAACAGACAAACUAGGCCCUGCUGCCUACACAAUGAAAGUUUGAAUAUUAACGCUUAGUUUCACAUUUGUUGAGAUUAUGUAAAACUAUGUGCAUUACACCUAGUUAGUAAAAAGGUAUCUUAUGUUAAUUUGGCAUUGUUUAUCUUAAUAGACCUCUAUUGGUGAUAUUUAAAAAAAAAAAAGUAAACGUUUGAACACUUCAAUAUUCAGUUUAUUUUGUCAAUUUCCCUGUAUGCGGUCAGCACCUUUGUAUAUGUUUGCCUUAUAACAGCACUUGGAAUUACUUUUCAAAGAUUUCUCUUCAUAUGCCAUUGGUUUUAUGUUUAAACCUAAAUAUACAGGUAGUUUUGUAUCAGCUGUGAUGUCCUACUUACCAUCUGGACAGUUUUAAAGAAACUUUUCAAAUUUCAAAUUGAUUCAACAAUUAUGUUUCAUUACUUGCUUUAGCAUUUUAAGACACUCUUGUAUCCACAUUGUUGUAGGUACCUGCUAAAAUUCAGGUUUUUUUCCUUCUAUUAAACCUCUGAUAUCUUACUGUACAGAUCUCUAAAACAGAAUGCUGUGUUCAUGUACAUUGCAGGGAAGUUUCUUUCAUGGAAAAUGGUAUUUUGUAAAAUUAAACUUUUCAAGUAAAAACAAA